AUGCAAGCAGAAGUGGAGGGCCACAGACAGGAGCCUUAUGGGAAAGGGGACUCGAUGCAUCAGUCACCCUCGAUUCCUCCCAGACUGUGGGCCGGGGCAGGGGCUCCCUUAGCCACACCGGGGAAGACACUGAGGCCAGAGGGGACAAGCCCCGAGUCACGGAGCCACCAAGUGGAGGUGCCAGGGAGCCCAGGUGUUCUGGCGCCUCCUCCCGCAGAGGGUUUCCUGUCCAGAGGGACCGAGGUUUUAAGCUUAGAGAAGGACACUUUCUCGGACUCUGUUCUGGCAGCGCCAGCAGGCCCCAGCACUCAAAGCUUCCCACGGUCUGGUCCCCAGCUGUCUCCUUGUCAGAUAAAAAAAAGGAACAAGCCGGGAUGCCUGCCCACAGGGGAGGUGCAGGACUACACAGGAGGGGCAUCGAGCCCCCACCCCUGGUGCCAGAGCCUGGGGGACGCCACACAAGGUGGGUCAGAGCAGCGCUGCUGGCGGGCUCAGCCUGAAACUCUCUCACGGCAGCGGGAGACCGAGGCACGGCAGGACCACUCGUGGCUCCGUGUGCAGCUCCUCCCCAGCCUCUUGCUUCUGACCUGGUUGCCCACCAGCCUGGCCCGCCAUGACCCCCCACUCUGGGGGGGGCCCCACUCCCAUGGGACCCAACGCUGCUACUUGGCCGAGGAAUUGCCCCUUGGCCAGCCACCCCCACACCUGCUGGCUCGAGCUGCCAAGUGGGACCAGGCCCUGCCUGUGGCCCUGGUGUCCAGCCUGGAGGAGGCGGGCCACAGAAAGCAACAUGAGAGGCGCCCGGCGGAGACCCAGUGCCCAGUGCUGCGGCCGGAGGAGGUGCUGGAGGCGGACACCCAUCAGCGCUCCAUCUCGCCCUGGCGGUACCGCGUGGACACGGACGAGGACCGCUACCCGCAGAAGCUGGCCUUCGCCGAGUGCCUGUGCCGCGGCUGCAUCGACGCCAGGACGGGCCGCGAGACGGCGGCGCUCAACUCCGUGCGGCUGCGCCAGAGCCUGCUGGUGCUGCGCCGCCGGCCCUGCUCCCGCGCCGGGACGGGCGCGCCCACGCCCGGGGCCUUCGCCUUCCACGCCGAGUUCAUCCGCGUGCCCGUCGGCUGCACCUGCGUGCUGCCCCGCUCGGCGCGGUGACCGCGGGCCGGGGCGCCCCCGGACCCAGCGCCGCCUAUUUAUGUGUAUUUAUUGCUAUUUAUGCCCCCACCGCGCCCCGGGGCUCGGACCAGCCUCCCCGGAGGAAAAAGUGCCCCUGUAUUUUAUUAAACUCUUAUUUAAAUGUAA